AUGAAGGAUUCAGGACAGGCUAUUCCGCUUGUAGUAGAAAGCUGCAUUCGUUACAUCAAUUUGUACGGCCUUCAGCAGCAGGGCAUUUUCAGAGUCCCCGGCUCCCAGGUGGAAGUCAACGACAUCAAGAACUCCUUUGAGAGAGGUGAAGAUCCCCUUGCUGAUGAUCAAAAUGAGCGUGACAUUAAUUCAGUGGCUGGAGUCUUGAAGCUGUAUUUCCGAGGACUGGAAAACCCCCUCUUUCCUAAGGAAAGGUUUCAAGAUUUGAUAUCUACUAUAAAAAUCGAGAACCCCAGCGAGAGAGUGCACCAGAUCCAGCAAAUCAUCAUCACUCUGCCUCGGGCUGUCAUCGUCGUCAUGAGAUAUCUUUUUGCUUUCCUCAAUCACUUGUCACAGUACAGCGAUGAGAACAUGAUGGAUCCCUACAACCUGGCCAUCUGCUUCGGGCCUACUCUGAUGCACAUUCCAGAUGGGCAGGAUCCGGUGUCUUGCCAAGCCCAUGUCAAUGAGGUCAUCAAAACCAUCAUCAUUAACCACGAGGGUAUCUUCCCCAGCCACAGAGAGCUGGAAGGACCUGUCUAUGAGAAGUGCAUGACUGGAGGGGAGGAGUACUGUGACAGCCCGCACAGUGAGCCAGGCACCAUCGAUGAAGUUGACCAUGACAACGGCACGGAGCCCCACACCAGUGAUGAUGAAGUGGAGCAGAUUGAAGCUAUAGCAAAGUUUGACUACAGUGGACGAUCUCCACGAGAGCUCUCCUUUAAGAAAGGGGCCUCGCUCCUCCUGUACCAUCGGGCAUCAGAAGACUGGUGGGAAGGGAGACAUAACGGUGUGGAUGGCCUCAUACCCCACCAGUACAUUGUGGUGCAAGACAUGGAUGACGCUUUCUCCGACAGCCUGAGCCAGAAGGCCGACAGCGAGGCAAGCAGCGGACCGCUGCUGGAUGAUAAAGCCUCCUCCAAGAACGACAUCCAGUCUCCGACGGAUCAUAUUGUGGACUAUGGCUUUGGGGGAGUAAUGGGCCGAGUGAGAUUGAGGUCUGACGGUGCAGCUAUCCCUCGCCGUCGAAGUGGGGGGGACACCCACAGCCCGCCCCGAGGGAUGGGUCCUGGCAUAGACACUCCUCCUCGAGCAGCGGCCUGCCCUAGCAGCCCCCACAAAAUACCUCUUAACAGGGGCAGGAUUGAGAGUCCUGAAAAGCGCAGAAUGGCGACAUUCGGCAGUGCAGGCAGCAUCAAUUUCCCAGACAGGAAGGCCUUGUCUGAUGGCCACCCGCUGAGAUCGACCUGUGGAUCGACUAGACACAGUAGUCUCGGAGAUCAGAAAUCUCUAGAAGCAGAAGCGCUUGCUGAG